CAAUAUGUACGUGUCUCAAAGAAAAGGAAACGACUCCAUGACAUGUGGCUCAAUCACCAAACCUUGCAAAACAAUCGUCAURGGAGUAUCCCUGGCUGCACAAAAUACUCGUGUCUACGUGGAUGGAACAGGAUCAGAGACAACACCMUAUACCUGUAAGUCAUCAUCGUCAGAAUUACCAGGAAUUCAUACCAAAAAGAGUCUGGAAAUUGUUGGUGUCCAGUCAAUGGCACACGUCAAAUGCCAGGAAGGGCACGACGUCAGAUUUGAAAAGUCACUAAGAUUUAACGGUACUGAGACAGUUGUCGGCCUGACUAACAUGAAGUUUGUCAAUACAACGGUUAGGGGCCUGGAUACAAGCCUAAGUAUCAAUGAGUGUAUUUUUACUGGUGCUGCACAAGGAGUGAGCGUUGCCCAGUCCACCAGGUCUGUUGCUCUGUCAUUUUCUAACUCUCUGUGUAUGGACACUAGUUCUUGCAUAAAAGUGGAUGCGUCAGGACAUAUGCUGCCAAAAAACAAUAUAUCCAUUGAUAUAAGAAAUAGCAACGUGGUGUCUUCAUGGCGUACUGAAGGCCAGCCAGCAUCGGCCAUUCACGUGACGUCAUCAGGUCAUGACGUCACCCCUGGGUCAAUACAGGUGAAUUGUGAUAUCCAACUUCACAAUGUUACCUUCAAAUAUAAUACUCUUGGAAAAAAUGGACUGAUUUUCGUYGUCUUGAAAAAUUCGUUUACUUCCCUUAGCUUCAAUAAUGUAYUCUUUUCAGAGAACAAAGCCGAACAACAUACCAUUAGCUUGAUAACUGUUAWAAAUAGUAAAGAGCAUUUCAUGGUUUUUAAUAACACGCGUUUUGUAAGCUGUGGAGGUYUGUGUCGAGCAGUGAACGUCAGCGCAAGGAGCCAAAGCUUGAUUAUCAAAAACAGUCGAUUUGAACAAUUCAGCGUUGGUAGGCAAUCUGGUGUACUGAACCUUCAAUCUCUUAAGGACUGUAAUGUAUCCAUGGAAACCACCACCUUUGCAAACAACAAUGGRACAAUGGGAGACGGGGGGUGCAUGCUUCUUAACACGAGUGGAACAGCGACAGUUGUGCUGAAGGACUCUCUCUAUGUAAACAACACCGGUAGAAGUGGCGGCGUAUUUUGGUUAUUCGCUAAAAAUAAAAUGUUCUUCGACAUUUUAAACUGUCACUUUGAAUCCAAUUUCGCGAGUGUCUAUGGUGGACUAGCACGAGUUACGCUUGGUAUUCAAGUAAGUGCCGUUAUAAUGACAAACUCGACAGUUAUCAACAGUACUGCUCAGCUAUCAGGAGGGGUUUUUGACAUCCGUAGUGAAUUUCCGUCUUCGCCUAUCAAAAAUACAUAUUUGAUAUUUAGGAACAUACAUGUAUCGCAAAUCCAUUCUGCUUGGCUUAGUGCUGGAUUGUUGAUACUGCAUCCAACUAACGGAAAUCUAGAAAUACACGAUAGUGUGAUACACGAUAUGUAUGUUAUGUCGGGUGGACUAUUAGUUGCUAAUUAUGAGUCCACAUUAAUUGAUAUCACAAUUAAAAAUACCUCAUUGAAGAACAUCAUCUCAGCUCAAGAGUGUAGUGUCAUGGAUGUUCGUGGAAUUGGGCACUUAUCCCUUGAAAAUUUUACAAUCGACUCGACCUAUUUCUAUAAAAGUUACGGAGAAGGAGGAGCGUUUUGCUUCGCAGAUCAACUUCAUUCUAAUUCUUCCUUUAAACUUAACAAUGUUAUAGUUAAGAACUGUAGUGGUCGUGAUUACAUUCAUAGAGGGUAUGGUGCACUACUUUUUGAAUUUAUAUCUUCGGAAAACUCCGUCACAAUAACGAACUCAAUAUUCGAAUCAAAUACUGCAGACAGUGGUGGGUGUUUAGGUUUUUUACCAGGAACUCCGCUGGGUAGUGCGAAUAUUUUUAUCCAUAAUGUGACUUUUAAAGAAUGCUACAGCAGACAUCAAGGUGCAGGGGCUGUUUCUCUAUAUAUUGCAAAUGGUCAGGUCACAAUUGACUCAACUAGAUUUAUAGGCAAUGUAGCAUUUCGUGGAGAUGGAGGGGCUCUUUUCUUUGCUCCACUCAGUGUGGGAGGUGAUAAAGUUAAAGAUGACGGAUGCUUAUCGAUGAUCGAUAAAGCCCCCAGUACUCACAGAACUUGGUAUUAUGGGGUAUCAAUAUUGAUCAAUAAUUCAAUAUUUGUGAAUAACACUGCUGUAAAUGGAGGGGCGUUGGCCAUGUCUACAGGCAAACACACCAUCAAGAAUUGUUCGUUUAUUGACAACUUUGCUCAACUCGAAGGUGGCCAUAUCUUCAUGAAAUCAGACUCUACCACCCUUAACUUGCGUAACUCAAAUCUUCUACAACAGCACUCAUCAAUCACAGUAAAAUCAACUAAAGCUAAUAUUACCUAUAGAUCAAGUUUAGGAUCAUUUAUAAAUUCGCAAAGCUUGGGCCCUUUAAUGAUACAUAAUUCAAUAUUCCAAUCCAUGUUACCAGAAGGCAACGAGCCCACAAAGUUGGUCUUCGUUUCAAAAGGAAAUUAUAUCAAGCUGGGUAGCAACAAUCGGACGCUGGUCACGUGCUCUAGAGGAAGUAGGCUCGAUAUUGUCAAUUACACUAACAUACUUGAAGUACCGAGUAAAACAUACGAGGAUUGUGAGAUGGCUUUUACUCUAUUACAGUUUACCUGUGUGCCUUGCCCAAUAGAUGCAUACAGUUUACAACAUGGUCUGGGCCGAGGAAUGAGUAAAGUCAGCGGUUUUCAGUGUCUAUCUUGCCCGUACGGAGCUGUAUGCAAYAGCAARAUYUCAGCCAAACCGAACUUUUGGGGAUACAAUGUCAAAGAAAACCCUGCAGAGCUCAACUUUACUCUUUGCCCUCUUGGGUACUGCAAAGCACCCUCAGAAAAUGCCUUUCUUGACUAUAACAGCUGUCAAGGUAACAGAACUGGAACAUUGUGUGGUCACUGUAAGGAAAACUACUCUGAAACUCUCCUCUCACCGUCUUGUCGUCAUGACGACGAAUGUCAUGACAACUGGCUUUGGGGAGUGGCCRUUAUCAUGGYAACGCUGAUGGCGUUGUACUUGAUUCACAAGCCAGGUCUUUUACGCCUGUUCAAGAAACAAAUUCUCUGGUUUAGAUGUCAAAGAAAAGAGGAUAACCAACAAGAUGAAGCUGAAAAUCAUGGUGGCGGCGGGUACUUGAAGAUGGUGUUUUACUUUUAUCAAGUGGUAAACAUUCUUCUUGUCACCAAUUCAUACGAGAAGGUCAUCCAGUCCAAUCUYGUGCACCCUGUGGUGGGGAUUUUCAACUUUCAGUUUCGGUUUUCCAGRAACGGUUUUCUUUGUCCUUUUCCUGGUCUUACUGCAGUGACMAAACAGCUUCUCUUYGCCAGUCAAGUKCUUGGUGUGGUWUUCAUGAUUGCUGUCUCCUACGUUUKUCAMCUUCUACUGCGCAAGUGCAGGUCCAAGCCACCYCCGAACAUUGCUCCUUACCUCGGCGCURUUUUGGAGACACUGYUGCUAGGAUAUUCAGUAUUUGCUAAUACAUCUCUUCAGCUGUUACGUUGCACUUCACUAGGUCAGAAUUCUCAUCUGUUCAUCGCUGGACAAGUAGUGUGUUACCARUGGUGGCAGUACUUGCUCAUGGUUUUUGUUGGUGCAGUGGUUUUUCCUUUCAUUCUGACUCUAGCAUUUGGUUCCCACUGGCUGUACAAAGGAACUAUCUCUGUCAAGGAGUUUCUCCUUUGCUGUGUUCUUCCUCUUCCAUACUUGGUGUACAAGCUGAUAUUAUUUAUGUGUUCGUCAAAGAGACCAUGUCAAGAGCCAGUUGAAUGGAGAGCAUCAGUCACUAACGUUUUGUAUGGUCCAUUUCGAAUUCCCCAAGAGAGCGCCUUCGGWGCAGUCUACUGGGAAAGUAUUCUCGUAUCUCGACGACUUCUGCUCAUUUUAAUCUACGUGUUUGUAAGUGAUCCUUUUCUUAAGGAAAUUCUGCUGACAUUGAGCUGUGUUUCUAUACUCCUUCAUCACACUAUUGUACAACCGUUUCRUGAUGUCGCUGCAAAUAUCGUUGAAAUUGUGUCACUGUUCAACCUUAUUGUCAUCGCUGCCAUCAACACUUUCAAAGCAAGCUUCUUGUCAACUGGUCAGGAAGUGGAAGGCCCACUGAAGUCGAUUGCAGUCGCGUUAGACUGGGUCCAGCUAAUCAUCUUAAUUGUACUGCCAGUUCUUUUUAUUGUAGCUGUCAUAUUUUCCAUCGUCUCUCUCGUCAUUCGGUGUAUUAGGGAAGUACAUAUAUUCGCAAAGAGCUGUUGGAUUCGUUGUCAAGAGACAAGUGAUGAAGGACGAAGAUUACUCAAUCCCUUUACUUAACUACUUUACAGCAACAAUGACACUGGAAAAAAAACGCGCUGUAAAUUGGACUGUAAAAACGAUGUAAAUGAUGUAAGUAAUAUUUACAUGAUUUUAUUGGACACUUACAUAAUAUUUACAACACACUUACACACUUUUUACAAAAAAUAGAAAUAUAAUGUAAAUUAAAAUCCAAAUUUUCACGAUAUUUYCAUGAUUUUGGACACUUACGGGAUAUUUACAACCUUUGUAAUUAUUACAUAGACAUUGAAUUUACUUCAUAUUUCCACCAGUUUACAACCUUCAAGGAGCGCAAUUUUUUCCAGUGCAACUUCGGAAAUAAAGAUAACAGGAUGACUAUCCGGCAGUCAGCGUUUAUACACCUAUUUCUUGUAUAAAAUGUUGUCGGGGAGAGCGGCGAACGCGAUUUUCGAACGCAUGACCGAAAGGGACUAUGGGUACUAUGUUUUGACAUGCAAAAUUUCCCCUGUUGAUUUCACUUUGCAGGAAAAUGGAGACUAAAUGGAGAUAAGUUUAGCAGAAACUCUCUUACAGGAUAAAUCAGUUCAUAUUUUUUAUCAAAUAGCAAAACCUAUGGCCCCUAUCGUUCAUUCAAUCUCCGUUACAAUUGAUCUCUAAACCUUUUACGUCACUACUUGACUUUCAAUGCAUCGUGGGUUCAGUUCUUGGGAUGACCUACGUAGCACGCAGUUGAUGUAAUGUAUUCAUAUAAUGUAUUGUAUU